AUGGCAAAACGUCCCAGAAAAGGCGCAAAAGCUGCCAAAGGGUCCCAGAACACUACUGGGGGAAAGAGCUUCAAAGCCCUCAAAAACCUUCGUGCAAGGCGAUUUAGUAUCAACGACUCCAGCUCGCUGUCCGAGGAUGAGGAGGAGAGCCUGGUUGGUGAUUUUGGUCAAAAAUUACCGGGGAAGACUUACAAACGAGGAUCGGGGUCUGAAUCCGAGUCGUCACUAACGGCAUUGUCAGAUGACGAUUCGGUGUCCAAAACAGGCUCUGUUUUCUUUGAGAGCGACGAUGAGGUGCUCGUUCCUCGUGGCAAGGGCAAGACGAUGCCCAGCAAGUUUUCGAGCAAGAAAAAGUACCCUAUGAGUACUUCUGGCAAGAAAUCUAUACCCUCGGUAAGUGUCGAUGAAAGUGACGACGAUUCAGAUUCCGACUCCUCUGACGAUUCCAAUUCGGAUUCUGAAGUGGAUUUUGUCCAGCUCCAGGCGCAACGAAAAGCAAUGAAGUCAAGACCCAAGGGAAAGACCCUCAAAUCACUCCCGCAACCAUCCCGGCGCAGAAGCUCCGCUACCCCUAAAUACGGUCGUCGCAAGUCCAAUGCUGCGCUUCCCGACGACAUAGAGUUUGCUCUUGAGUUUGACGACGACGAGGAAGACGAAAAUGCGGUGAAAGCUUUAGUUGGUGCACCAGGCGAGGAAGACCUCGGAGAGGAAAUCAACGACACCAAGGUGAACUACACACUCAACUCUGAUGAUGACUACGAAAUCGACGACAACGAAUUGCUUGCAACGUUGCAGGCGGAUAAUGACAUGGAAGAAUUUAAUGACGGAGGAGGACUUGCUGCCCGAAAUGACUCGGUGGUGCUGUGGGGAGACGACGAGGACAAAUUUUUGCGAGAGGAAGAAAGGUUUUUGGUAAAUGAGUUUGAGAACAACGGCUUUGACGACGAGCAGCCGCUGGUUCUCCAGAACUACGAGUCGUAUGAUGCCGACUCGAACCAGACUCACUUGAAUGAUAGUCUCGAAUUCAUGAACAAGAACAAGGUGGAACACCACGGAAGCGAUUCUUAUGAAGAAGAAGAUGACGAAGAUGACGAAGAUGACGAAGACGACGACGAUGAUGAUUUUAUUGUGUUUGACCUGUUGUUUGAGAACGGCAUCACCACCAACGACAAGCACAAGAUUCGAGACAAUUCAGCAAAGAGCAGUCCGCGCAAGAGAAAGCACCACAAGGUGGGAUUGUCGGCACGGUCCAGCGACGACGAAGACGAUUCGUAUCUCUGGAACUACUUUUUCAGUCUGGACGAGUCCAGUGGUGAGGAAAAGAAAGCCAAGUCCAACGACGGCGACGAGCAAGAGAGCGAGAGUGGAGAGCUCAUAGUUGACGAUUUUUUUGAACAGAGUAGAAAAAGACCAGUGGAAGCCGCAGUUAGUGACCACGAGUACGACAGCGGAGAGUCGACCGACGAGGACGUGCUGCUCGCUACAAAACCCCACCGCAAGCACGCAGGGUCGAAGCUGGCGAAGGAAGUGUUGUCGUCGAAAACCGCCGAUUACCGGCCUCCUAUACUUGGAACCUGGGUAGCAAUUGACAGCAAACCGUUUGGGAUUAUUGAUGGAUUAUCCACGAGAAACUUGGUCCAGCCGUCACGGCAAGCACAGCCUCGCAAGCCAAGAAUCGACACCUCAGGUAGCAGCGACGACCUGGCACUCGAGUUGGACGAACUUUUGAAUAUCAGUGAACUUGACGAUGUGGAUGAAACCGAUAUACAGAUCUGGCGGGACUUCAACAACGAGAAGCGAGCGGUGCCACUAGGAGCGUUCCGUAACAAGUCGCUAGUCUACACAAACCUAGCAGCAGUCACGGCUGGACACAGCGACGGUGGAUUGAAUCACACCAGCCGUAGUAACAAUGACUACAACAAACGGCGGUACUCGUUGACGAACCACAGCCAUGGUGACCGCAAGGCGGCCGCGGGAGCCAGCAAAAGAGCGAGAAGAAGGUCUUCUACGGGAAAUAGGGCCGGGUUGAAUAUUCCAUCGAGAGCGAUGCGAAGACGGGCGUCGAAUGCCCAAGCCGAGUCCGAAGGUCUUCGGCCCACGAAAUCCGGACUAUUCAGCGAGACGGCUCUCGCAAACGUGGAAGAACUUCUCGGCGACGAUACGGAAAUAUUGGCGUUGGUACAUGGGUUGUAG